AUGUCUCAAAUAACUACUUUAAAUUUACCAUAUACAUAUAAGAUUGAUCCAAAAGUUACUAAAAAUUCAAUACAAACAUAUUAUGAAACAUCAAUAGGAUUAUGGAGAAAUCAUUUAAAUGAAACAAGUGGAGAAUCAUAUAACAUUAUAGAUAAUUUAUUUAUUCUUCAUCAAAAAUGUAAUGAAAUAAAUUCUACAUCAUCUAAAAAUAAUCAAGUCACUAUUAUUUCUCCACUGAUGCAAAAUCAAUUAAUAUCAAUUAUAAUUAAUGGUGAUGACAAAUAUAGACAAAAUGUUAAAACUCAAAUUUUAUCAGAAUAUAUUUCAAUAUGUUCAAAAACUAUUGUAAUUGAUCAAUCUGAAUUUUUAUUGAUUGGUGAAAAAUUUAUUAAUGAAAUGAAUAAAUUAUGUAAUAAAUAUCAAGUUGAAGUUAUAAUAAAUAAUGAUAAAUCAUCAUUUGAUUUAAAACAAUGCAAUCAAAAAGAUUAUUCAAUUCAUAUGAUUGGUAAUCAAGAUAAUGUUACAAUAUUUGAAACAUCAUUAAAGAUUUUAAUUGAUUCAUUAUUAUCAAAUUAUAAAAUUGAUUCAAUUUAUAUACCAUUAAGUUUAAUACCAUUAAUUGGAGGUCAAGAUUUAAUUAAUUUUAAAGAAAUUGCAAAACAAACAAAUUGUAAUAUUUAUAUACCUGAUUUGUUAUCUAAUUUAUCAAGUUCUGAAAAUAAUUUAGAUAUUUAUUUAACUUCAAAAAAUACAUUGGAUUUAAUUAUGACUAAAAGUAUUAUAAAAAAUUUAAUUAAUAACAAUUUACAAUUAAUUUCAAAAUCUAUAAAUAUGAAUUUAAUCAAAAUUGAAUUAUUAAAUCUUAAUAAUCAAAAAGAUAUUAUAAAUUUAAUGUUAAAAUAUGGUACUUUUAUCGAAAUUCCAAAUUUAAAAAAUUUAAAUAAUACAAAUAUAAUUGUUCAAGGUGAUAAUAUUGAAUCAAUUGAUGAUUGUAUUUCUGAAUUAUGUUCAAUUACUUCGCAAUAUUAUACUGUUUCAGGUAUAAGUAAUCAUCAAAAUGAAAUAAUUCAAAUGUGUCAAUAUAUUAAAAAUUGUAAUGUUAAUAUAAAUGAUACUCAUUUUACAGUUGUUGGUCACAACAAGGAAAUUAAAUCAUUAAUUAAUAAAUUUGCAAGAAUUUCAACUUCAUUAAAUAUUCAAUUAGAAUUAACAAAUGAUCAAAAAGAAUUUAUAAGUGGUAAAAAAAAUGGAAAAUUAAUUAAAAUUUUAAAUCAAUUGAAUAAUAUUCCUUCAAUUUAUUUUACUCCAUAUAAUGAAUAUAGUUUUAAUAUUGAUAUAAAUUCAUCAUCAACUUUUAUUAUACCACAAGCUAUAGAAUUAAUUGAAAUGGAAUUACCAUCAGAAUUAAAAUUUAAUAUACCAGAAGUUUUCCAUAAAUCAAUAAUUGGAAAUGGAGGAUCAAUGAUUCAAUCAAUUAUGAAAAAAUAUAAUGUAUUUAUAAAAUUUUCAACUGUAUCAAAUAAUCUGUUAAAACCAAGUUUUAGUUUUCAAAGACCUUUUAAUGUAUUAAUUAAAUGUCCAAGAAAAAAUACAUCAAAUAUUAAACUUGUUAAAAUUGAAAUUGAUAAUUUAGUUUCAAAAUAUUGUAUAAAUGAAGUUUUACAACAAAAUGUUACAUUAUAUUAUAAUAUAAAAUUUCAAAUUUUAAAAAAUCAAUAUUUAUUACUUAUGAAUAAUAAAAAUUUAAAUUUAAUUAGUGAAUUAGAAAAUGAAUAUAAUUCUUUUAUUGAUUUCCCCAAUUCAAUUGAUAAAUUUAAAAACAGUAAUGUUUUAGAAUUUAAUAUAAAAGGUUCUGAAUUAAGAAUUAAAAAUUGUGCAAAAGCUUUAAAAUCAAUUUUACCUCAAUGUUUUGAAUUUAAAAUUGAAUUUAAUUUAUUUAAAUUUAAACAAUAUCUUUCAUCACAAGUUAAUGAAAAUGAAAAUGAAUUUAAAAAUCAAAUUUUAAUACCUUUUAAAUUACUACUAGGAUUUGAUUUAAUUAUUAAUGAAUAUCCAAUAGAUUCCACCACCAAUUCUUCAUAUCAUCAAAUUAUUCUUUCAUAUUAUGAUUCAGAACCAAUAUCGAAAUUAAAUAAUGCAAUUGAAUCAUUAACUUAUUGGUUAAAUUUAAAAGGUUUCACAAUAAUUGAAAAAUCUUCUUAUAAUUUUAAUUCGAUUUUAAAUACUUCAUUAUCUUCACCAAUUAAAAUUAAUAAUUUUACAACCACCAAUACAACAUCAUCAAAUAUGCCAUUACAAAUGAUAACUAAUUUAAAUGGAUCACCAAUUAAAAAUUUUAAUAAUAAUAAUUACAAUAAUAAUUCUGGUCCAUUAUCACCAAUUAAAAAUUUUAAUAUUGUAUCUCCAUCAAGACAACAAUUAAUGAUGUCAACAUCACCUAUAAAAUAUAACAACACCAUCAAUAAUUAUUCACAACCUUCAUCACCGAUAAAAAAUAAUUCUUAUAUUGCAUCACCAUCAUUAUCCUCAUCACCAAUUAAACAAAAUUUUUAUAAUUCUUCUCCUCAAAGAACUGUAGAUCAGUCAUUAUUAGCUUCACCAUUUAAAUAUCAACAACAAUAUCAACAUCAGAAACAACAAUCUAAUUUUUUAAAUUCUUCACCUGUUCAAUUAAAACCAUUUGAUUAUGGUUCUAAUAAUUAUAUAUAUAAUAUUUAA